GAAGGCCGUUGGGAGGGAGGGGGAGUUCCUCUCGAGAUCCCGGAUCGGGCACAAUAGUCGGCGCGCGCUCGCGGCGCGGGUCAGUGUUGAAGCUCCGGUCAUCUGGUUCGGUGGGAACCCCUCCGUCUCGUCCGCGCUCUUCCGAUUGACGCCAAUAGGAGGACGGCGUGAGCUUCUCCAUCUGCGCGCUUUCAAAAACGCUCGCGCGUCUUCGAGACUGUGAAGUCUAAGUGUCGACUCUGGGUAUAUGUGCUUGUGAACUUUCGUCUUUUUUCGAAUUCUCCAGGCAGAACAAGAGUGUCUGCAACUCCGAGACUGUGGUGUGCUGAUGCGUCUACUUCUACUCCAUGCUUGGACGAAAGAACGCUCUCGAUCGUUUUAAACCUUUCACUCCUCAUGUUCGCUUCGCGUGAACACGGCUGUGAUGAUUAUCGUGGCGGUGGUCCUCCGUAAUCAUGCAGCGCCGGAAGUGCCGUUUAUCAAGUGAGAUAUAUAUUUAAGCCUGACGAAAAAUAUAACGCUGAAGUGUCUAACAUCCCUCGGAAGAGUUAUUCGUGUUUGGACGACAUUAGAUCAGGUAUACUUUCGCCGAGGCUCUAUUGAGUGAAUCGAAAUACUUUCACCUGGUCAUGUGCUCAGGUAGCGCCAUUUCGAAAAGCAAAGUAUUGUCGGAAGCAGGACGCUACUGAAAGCUGAGCGCAAAUUAUGAAAAGAAAGUUGAUUUGCAAGUGACAUAUCACUUUCCAUAUGUACGUGAAUAUCGUACCGAAUGUGCGAAAUUGCGAGUCUGGUCACCGAUCGUUGGCGAAACACGUUAUGUUGUCGUUCACUGUUGGAAACGAGAGUGUCAUAACCAGAUCCACGCCACAUACCUAAUUGAAUGAGACUUACUACCAGCUUGGACGUGCUGUCUGUCUGCGGCAUAAGUGUUUUUCUUUUUUAUUGAGUGAUAUGUUUCAGCUCGCUACGAUGUUGCAUUAGUCACGGCGUGCGGACCCUGCUGCCAGACCUGACUUUGUUGGAUCAAGAGGCGCGUUGUUUGCAGGAGGUUUUAGUUUGCGAUCACAUGCUUUCUGACUCUGCCUCGUACAUUCCGCUGUAUUUUUGCUCAUAUUAAUGAAAACGUCACACUCGCUGAUCCUUUCUGAAUUUGUGUGGAACCAACUCUGGCAACAAGGACUACAGCUGAAAACUGCGCCUGUGUUUGCGGCACAUGUGCGAUACGGUGUCACCCGGCCAAGGCCUCGGAACAAGUCCCCGUUUUCUGCUACAAAGUUUCCACCUGCUGCUCCUGUUGUGCGCGUCCCGUCCUGUGACGUCAUCGCAGAAAAUGGCUGAAGAAGUAAGAAUGGCCGGUUAUGAUCAGCAGCCGGUCGGAAAUGUCUCUGCUCCUUCGGUGGUCAACGGGAGCGCCAGCUCCGAGCCCAUGGCGCCUCCACAACCAGAACUUGCUGGGCUCUCACCAGCUUCCGGGGAGGAUUCGUACAGCGUGAACACAUCUUCUUUACCGUGGCAUCUCCUACCGGCGUCCAAUGACACUACCAUUUCCGUUCCGACGGCUUCGGCGGCGGAGAUUCAGUGCUACCUGUCCGACGCCAAUCGAAGUGCAGAUACGAGACUGGAUACUGUGCUGAGCUGCCUGCCGACCUGGGACGGCCUGUCGUGCUGGCCUCGCACACCAGCGGCGCUCACUUCUUCGAUUCCGUGCUUUGCCAACCUCAACGGCGUCCACUACGACACAACCCAAAACGCGUCACGGCUCUGCUCGGCCGCCGGCGUCUGGGCCAACAAAUCGGACUACUCCCAUUGUGUUCCACUCUUCGAGGUGGAAAGGCCGAUAGAUGGAACUACCUUGUACUACAUAGGAUAUGGAAUGUCUCUAUGCGCCCUGAGCAUCGCCUUGUGGAUCUUCAUCUACUACAAGGAGCUGCGCUGUCUACGGAACACUAUCCACGUCAACCUCAUGGUCACCUACUUCCUUAUAUCCAUCACCUGGAUGACCACGGCAACGCUGCAGUCUGUACCUUCACCUGCGUACCAUAAGAGUGCCUGCUUCAUGUACGUCGUGCUCACUUACCUGAUGGGCACCAACUUCUUCUGGAUGUUCGUCGAAGGCCUGUACCUGUUCAUAUUGGUAGUGAAGACAUUCUCCGUGGAAAUGGUUCGUGUUCAUGUCUACGCAGCCAUCGGCUGGGGAAUACCUCUAGUCGUCGUGUCAGUAUGGGCUGUCACGAAGGCAUACCUGAGCCCCAACCACAAUGAUCCGAACCUGUCUGGAGGCAUGUGCAUAUGGCAGCUGAAGGACAUCUACGACUGCAUAUUCAUUGGACCAGUGAUUCUGGUCCUACUGACAAACAUAUUCUUCCUCAGCCACAUCAUGUGGGUGCUGAUCACCAAGCUGCGUGCAGCAACAUCGGUGGAAUCACAGCAGUACCGGAAAGCGGCUAAGGCACUGCUCGUGUUGAUCCCUCUACUGGGCGUCAGCUACAUUCUGGUUAUCUGGACGCCUCAGCACAAGACGGCCAGGGUCAUCUUUACCUAUCUGCAAAUUACACUGCUCUCCACUCAGGGUUUCACGGUGGCCGUGCUGUACUGCUUCCUGAAUGGCGAGGUCCGAAACUCUGUGCGUCACCACCUGGAGCGGUGGAAGACAAUGCGCGCCCUACGCCACGGGAGUGACCGGUGCCGCCAGGCAUUCGGCUAUGGCCGCUCGCAGAAGCCGCUGGCUAUGCAGCGCGGAAGCUGCGUCAGUUUCACCACCACCACGACCACUACGUGCCUGCCGUCGACGGGCAGCCGCUUCACGUCGCAACAAAGCAAGCGGCCUAGCAACGGCUCGUACGCGCAGCUCCCCUUCACCGACAAUCCUGUUUAAACGGGAUGAAAGACUGGCAGAUUCGUUAUCAGCUGUAGGCUCGGACGAGGGCUGGCGCUUUUCUUUUGCAGGGUUCACGUGAGUCCUUCGAUGACACGGCAAAAAAAGUUCUUUGCCUAUAAAUGGCUAAGCUUAUUUUUCUCUUUUUCGCAUAAACGUUGGUAAGAACAGACAGCCAUCAGCCGUCGCUCUUGGAAAUCUGCAGCCCUCUGUUUGCUUUAGGCACGCACGUAAUUCUCCAAAAAGUACAUUUUAAAACAAAAUUAGUCCUUCAGAAAGAGGAGCUGCCCAUCAUUUUAGCGCUCCGUUGAAGGUACGAAAUGUGAAUUUGCUGUUCUGACAGAGUUCUGACGUUUAAAUUGUCAACUCAGGCUAUAUUUUACUCGCUCAUUUACGUGGAAGGUGCCACAAGUUUCUCGCACACUUGCCGUACAAUGUGUGCGCGUACCCGCCUUUUCUAUUCUGUCCGGUAACGUUUUUUUUUUCUUCUUCGCCGAAAAGUUCCGCAGUUCCGUUCCUCUGGAGCACUUUAAUGUUAAGGCAACCAGCAUUACGCGGUAUCCAAGUGGCUCUACAAUAAGCAAACCUCUUUUUUGAUGCUUAACGUUGAUUUCCCCCUCACAAUUUAUUCUAUAUGUGGAAACUACAGUUAUAGACAAUAGUGGAGACCCGAACACAUUGCUGUAACGCCAGAUCUUUGAAUGCAUGUCUGUGAAGCUGCUAUUGGUAUUACCUGAUGUAUCGUUCCUGCAUAGCCUGAGAGGCCUAAAUUAGAAUAAUACGCCAAAUACUUUCAGUAUUUUGGCAGGUAAGAAGCAAAACAACGGGUUUGUGGUUCAUGAUUCAACUCAUAAGGCCGCUAGGCCAUAUGGAACCGACACAGGGAUGAUGAAAGUACGAUACGACAAUAAUGGAGAGUGAUUGUUUUUCUUGUGAUAUAAAUUUGUAUGUGCAACUUUGAAUUUUGCUGAUUUGCAAGUUCAGCGAUUCGGUUUAUUGUUAAAAGCCGGUGGUGUCGGCACAAGCGGUACGAAAUCACACGCUUUUGAAAAUAAUCUCCUUUCUUCAGACGGAAGCGUCGUUGCAGGUUAACAUGUUGGCCCACCUACGAACGAACAUAUUGCAAACAGCGCGCAAGCACUCUGUCAUGGAUGUAGUCAGUGAAUAACAUUUACCAUAUUUAUUGAACAAAAGAGUCACUAAACAGUUACGUUCGCAAGCUCGUACAAUGUCCUGCGUGAAGAAUAGUUUAUUAUACAUGGACAUUUACCAACUAGCCUUGCAUAGGGUUCGCAUUGGGAGGCAGCUAAAAAAAGUUAUUUUCUCCACGUGAAUGAACUAAAAAACCCUGCUUUCCCUAGAAGACAUCUUUAGAUUUUUUUACGGAAACUCAUAUGAAGUAAAUGUUUGGAACAUGAAAUCUAUUAUGCGCACUUAGAGGAAAACGCUGCUAAAAUAAAAAUAUUAGACAUGACGAAGGCCGAGUAGUGAUUUAUCUCCCCGGCCUAGGCUGAAGAUCACUUUUUUCUAUUGGGACGCUUGCGCAAACUCUUGGCUACACCUUCACCGGCAGAAUAAAGCAAAUGUACUCUUGCGCUACAUUUUAAAAACAUAUCACAGAUCACGCAAACGAGCUAUUAUGCUCUGUUGCGUUUGACCAGGCCUUGGUGUAAAGCAUAUACCAGAAAUAAAAAGAGUGCAAACUUUGCUUCAUGCGAUGAUGACGGUCUUAGCAACAUUCGCUUGGUAUCUCAGCAUAUAUCAGUGCUGAAAACAAAUUUACCCAACAGCUGCAACUUCAGGACGUUACUCUCAGAACGCUAUAUUAGGUCAACCGGCUAAGCAGUCUUCUUUACCUAGUCGCCGAGUUGAACUAGUCUUCUCAUUGAAGAUUGGCAUCCAAGAGACCGCACUGACUUCUUGCAAAAGCCAGUGUUAGUAUUAAUGCGUCUAUGCUCGAGUGGAACGAUGAAAGUUAUACCGUGCCCUGAAAUUCCUCAUUAUUACGAGUAGACACUGAAAAGAAAGUGUACUGACUAAGUAAAUACACUGGGCACAUUUCUUGAGAUGUCGUUCGGGGGGACGUGGGCAUACAUUGGGAAAACAAAUUUUCGUCAUCAUUUAUACAUCUAUAGCUGAGCACAUCAGUAUUUUCAUUCGAUCGCCAAGAAAAAAACAGACAGCUACAUAGAAACAGGGUACUGUAGAUGAUUUAGAUACGCAGUGUCAUGUGGCGAUGCUUUUCUCAUUUUCAAGAGCAUUUACUGUACAAAGGCAUGAAGACACGUUGACGGCGGCAAGGAGAAAUUUGUCUGGAUGCCGCCCACGAGUUGACCUUUUGCCGCCCGAGGCGUGACGUUGUUCUCCGUCGUCAUUGACCUACUUACGCUCUGUUAAGUGUCGGUAGUGUAAAUUGUACGUUGAAGUGUGUGUUGCUGCCAAAUUUCACAGCAGCCAGUAGUUUCAUAGCAGCAAUGAAGAGCGCUCAUAUAAGGUACAACGGCGUGAAUGUUGCUCCUCAUCCUGGUGCUCUAUGGUCAUGCGUAAUGCUUUCAAGGGAAGCUCGAGCUCAGAGCCAUCAGCAAAUUCUCUAUUAAAUACACGCAAAAGAUACUUUAAUAAAACAACCUCUUGACCGACUCGAAUGAAAUUUGUGGUAUUUUAGAGAGAACUUUAUAUUCUAUCGACUUUAUGGAGCAAUAUUUUGAUUUAGAACUUUAUAUUUGUGACAAGUAUUGCCGAAAAUUGGUGCUUUUAAAAAAAUAGAAGCAUGAGAUUACAAAUCCGCAACUGUGCAUCGAAAACUGGUAUCGCAGUGUUGUAAACUUUUAUCGGUUAGAACAGGUGAAAUGGACAAGUUAGAUGUAUAAGUUUAUAGUUUACUUGAAUUUUUUUCUAAUGCUUACAACAGUUUUUCAAAAGCGCCACUCACAAAUUAAUUGUAUAUUUGAGAGUCACGCAUUGUACAUAAAAUUUUGGCCGCCUUACUGUCUUAAUAAUUGGUGAAGUUUACGAAAUCGUCAUAUCUUUUGCUACUCUUGUUUUACAGAGUGUUUGUAAACAUGAUGCCUAAGUGUUUUUUUUCUUUAGUUCAGCAGGUUUUAACGAUCUUUGUACCAAAACUGACCACCUAAAUAAAGAUGCUGCUUGCAGUCCUUGUACUUUAACCUUUUUAUUUAAAAACAUCAAACCUUAUCAAAAUCGUUGCAUUGGUUACAGAGAAAAUUGAUUUCUCAGUUGCCAUUUGCUUAGAUAGCAUUAGGAGGGCUCGAGCUAACGCUUCCUCUUGAGCAUAUGCAGAUAGAGCAUACUGACAAAAACCCCUUCGUGUGCUGUGGUAAACUAGACUAUUUUUCAGCCUAGUGAAUGAGUGAAUUAAAAAACUCGUUGAAAAUCUGGGCCCGUAUUCACAAAAAAGUUUGUACGUUAAAAUUAUUUGUAAGAGCAGAUUCUAACCAAUCCGGAUGGUGGACAUAUAAUUACCAAUCCCUCCAUAGUUGUAGGAGUCACUCGUAGAGGGAAACCAACCAACCGACCAAUUAGCGAAUGUGACCGGCUAAUGUCAGAGAACUUGCGAAGGGAAAACUUUGUAAACACGGGCCCAUAGUAUGAUCAUAUUUCAUAAACUGGUUGUUCGCGAACGCACUAAAAAUUGUCGCGCGUGCGUUGUCCGUGCAGUUUAGAAACUUCAGCAUUUCAUCACAAAGCGAACCCCAUUAUAAAAGUUAUUGUACAGGCUUGAUCAUUCAGCCCUAAGCGUCAUUGAUGUUGGACUGAGAAUUUUAUGCUUCCCUGCAUGUCUCUGGAUUUUAAGCGACCGAGCCCCAGGAAAUGUUCAAGCGGGACUCAAUAUAUUGCUUUAUCAAGAUGAUUCGGAAGAUAGUCCUUGCCGUUCUAACCAUGUUGUGAGACAUAUUGUGACACAACAUGGUUUACGAAGGAAGCGACGACACAAUAUAUUGCGAUUACAGCUACUAUUUCGGAUGCAGCAUUUGAAGGCCGACAUAGUGAAAUCAGUAUUACUGUCCUGUGAUUUUCUUGUUCGAAAAUAAUCUGCCGUCGCUCAUGAAAACAGGUCAUAUACAAGCCUUGAUUCGCUUGACGAUGAGACACGCGUUUUGAAAAAAGAAAAAGGCCUUAUUCCGGUAUAUAAACAGAGCACGUUUCAAGAAGUCCCAUUGGGACACGUGUUUAUAUGUGUAUUGUGGUCAAAAAAGAAAUUGAUGCCAGAAACGAUACACUCACCGAACGCAUGGCAUUUCAGGCAUUUGCGUUUCUGUAGACGAUCUAAGUGCAAUUCCGGCAGCGGGAAGGAUUAUCAACCACAUUUCUUAUCUUACUGUACUAUCACAUCUUUUCAUCCUUUCGUCUUUGUUGCCUAAAAAUGUACAGUGCUGAAAUCACUUUGGUGUUUCAAGGAAGCGUCUAAAAUUGUAAAUGUAUUACUAUCAUGCGGUCUAAAAACGCAUGAAUUUUCUGUUUAUAUUUCUUAUUUUGUUAGUGUAGUCGACAAAGUCGAGACUAGGGCUCUACGGCAUCCUUAAAAUGCACAAUGAGCCAAAUAUAUAGUUUAAACCUAGUUACGCGAAACCGAAAUCUAAAAUAUUUAUGAUCCCUGUUUCACAACUGGGCACUCCUGUAAAUAGCACGCUGCAACAUGAGAGAUUACGCAUAUAUUUAUGUCUGAAAUUUGCUCACAUUACGCCUGUCUCUGAAGUGUCGAGGAAAAUACAUGUACCACAUCUCUAUUGAAGUGUAUCACCGUUCGAGAAAUCAUCUGUACUCUGUUUGGCGUCGUGCCAAUAAAGUUUUGUUGUUCUGUU